AUGAGCAGCCCUUCUCCCAAACCUGGCAGGUGGUCUUCCCGCAUGGGCGGCGCCCUCCGCCGAACCUCGACUCUCCUUAGCAUCGCGAGACCUGGUACGCCUUCUAGAGAGAAUGGGUCUGACAAAGACAGCGACACUGCGUCUCUGAGGCGCAGCACGUCCCGCUCUAGUCUCUCUGGCCCGUCAACCCUUGCUCCUCCAGCUCCAGCUCCUCAAGUGAGUGCUCCAAGUCCCAUCGCGGAGAGUCCUGCUCGCGAGGAGUUAGCCGUCCAACAAGACAUUGUCGGCCCAUCGCCUCUUGCCAAGCAGACCACUGCGGAGCCCGAGUCUAUCGAAGCUGCCGUUACAGCCUCUCCCGAACCUGCUCCGGUCCCUGCUCGUGCAGAAACUGUUGAAGACAUAGCGAGUCCGGUUGGCUACAUCCCACCUCCGGUCAUCGACUCCUCUGCCGGAAACCCAGGAGCUUUUACUGACGAGCCUGAGGAUCUUCCUCAACCCGAAGUCGCUGUUGACCCGUUCGCUGCAUCUAACACCGGCCCACCUGUUCCACCUGUCGAGGAGGCGAAAUCAGAAGUCGCGCCUCAACCAGCCAUCGAAGAACCGGCUGUCCAGCCACAAGUCAUCACGGCUCCAGCGCUCGAGCAAACCCCGUCCUAUUUCGACAAACCCAUGGCAGAGAGCAUGAAGUCGGCCGAAUCGCUCGUUCCAGCCUCUAGAGCAGAGUUUGCGGAGGCCGUUGAACAGAACACCGCAAUCGAGGCAGCGGCACCUAAAGCAGAGGUGCAGCAGCCCACUUUACCGUCAGCACCAGCAGCUCAAGCUCAAGAACCCGACUACGAACACGGCGAGGCGGCAUCUUACUACCGCGGCGACCCAUCAAUGCCCAUUGCGGAGCCGCAUCGUGUUACUGAGCCUGAGCACGAGGCGGAGCAGCAGCCAGCAGAGCCCGAAGUCGUCCAGCAACCCAUACAUGCGCCCGUGCCUCAGCUCAGCACCACCGUUAUGCCCAGCUACGACCUCCCUGAGUACUCACAUCAAGAGAUCUGGGGUGGCGCCUCGCAUGGACAAGCUCCGAAGCCACACGAUGUCUGGUCUGCUCCGUCGCAAGAUCCUGCUCAGUCAGCGUACCAUGGCCCGUUGCCUGUCCCAAUUCCGAUUCCUGUCCCAGCUGGAGGAGCGAGCGGAGCUGGUAACGGGCACGCCAGCUAUCAUGGCGAGUCGUCGAUUAGGAUGCCGAAUCCACACCCCGAACCUGCAUACAGCGACCCCUUUGCGGAUCCUGUCGCUCCAAUCAUCGCUAUAACGCACUCUGACGCGCCGCAUAUGCCUCAUCCUGAAGUUUCUCGGCGACACCAGCAGGGGCCUACGGAGACGCCCAACGAUGCUCAAGGUAUCAUCACCAUGCCUCUGCCACCAAUGAAUGAAGUCGUACACAAGGAGCCUGUUCAUCGCGUCCCAUCACAUUCAAGCCUUGGAGGCAGCCGUAUCAAUUUGGAGACUGACGAGACUCUGCCUCUCCUUUCCCGUCCAGCAGGAAAGAGCAACUAUCUCAACACCUCCACCCACGGACACAAGCAUGGCGCCUCCUCCACCCACCACGUCACAAUCUCGCCUCUAGCUCCCUCUCCUUCAUGGACACCACAUGGAAUCAGCCACCCUCGUCUGCACGAGCUCGGAUGGCUCGAGUACCACCUCCCAGAUGGAACUGUUUACUACGUCCAUCCUACACGACGCAUCACGACCGACAUCAACCUCCGCUCCGAGAGGCUCCUGGAUGCCGUCUCCUCAUGGCUCGAUGAGCGUCGUGACGAGAGCCCCAACAUCGGAGUCGAGUGUUGGCUGAAGGAGGUUAAGGAUCCGAAGAAAGGGUCCAAGGGCGGUUGGGGCAGAAAGUCUGGGAAAGACGAAGCGCCGGUGGUGUUGGAGAGGUAUCUCGUCGACCAUCAUGUGCGGACGGUGGUCAAGGAUGACGAAGAGGAGAGGAGCUUGGUCGGCUUCGGCAGGAACCAUGCUUACAGCAAUGGCCACGGCGGACAUGGGAAGGGCAAGAAGCAGGCUGUCCCGAAGGUCGAAGAAGAUCAACUCGACUUGGAGUACCGUUAUUGGUCGUUCAUGGAGGCGCAUCCGGCUCAUACUACUCUGCCUCACAAGGCGCGAACUGAAGCAGUAGAUGUCUUGAAUUGGGCUUGGACCGAUCGACUUCUGCCCUCUCAUCGCGCCAUCCCUGCUCCUUUCUCCCAGGAAGAGUGCCAGGAAUUGAUCAACAUCCUCCGUUCCUUCAACAGUGAUAGCCAACAAGACGACAACGGCAUUCAAACUCGUGUUGUUGCCAGGAUUCUCUUGCGAGUUGCCCAGUGGCGUCAAACCUAUUUCCGUCCCAACAAGCCUUUGCCCAAAGAUGUUGGCACGCCUAUCGGUGCAUUGCCAGUUCAACGUCGACCAUUCCGCAGGGCCGUCUUCGACUUGCUGAUCUCCUGCCUGUGCCUCGGCAUUCCAUACCUCUUCAUCGAACGGGCCCGUGUCGCCCUCCGCGGAGCUGACCAUGAAUCUGGUCUUCGACAUUCAAGUCCAAUGCUCAUCAUCGGCGCAUGCACCUGCCUUGUGGCUGCGAUUGUCUUGAGCGCAUCUGUAACCUUCCUCUCUUUGCCAGGCCUGGACAGUGUCGCGCGCACUUCAGGGAUGGUGGCCGUCCUCUUCGCUGCAGGUGCCAUUGCCGCCACUGGCGUGGCUGUCCUCCGGCAUAAGGCGGAUCUGGAACGUCCAGUAUCGCGUGUAGGCGUCGAAGGGAUCAUGAUUGUCACAAGACGAACGAUGGCACUAUCGUUGCCCACUGUUUUCCUUGCCUAUUCUCUCAUUGCAUUUGUAACAGGCCUUGUACUUUACGUGUAUCGCGGCGUCUCUUUUACCGACCCAUCGUUGCCUCGCAACUCCUUCGAGGAUUAUACCAGAUGGACUGUGGUCGGCAUCGUGGGUGUCCUCGCAGGCAUGCUGACAACCACAAUGCUUUUGUUCCAGGGAUAA